UGUGAGCUAGUUUUGCCAGUCACACUUUUCAGUGGGACAGUGGCAUAUGUGGCUCCUUGGUAAAGAUCUUAGGUCCAUUAAGAUCUCUGAAGGUUCAGCACUCAAAAGAGAUUUUAAAUUGCAUAAAAGGUAGUUGGUAAGUGUAGAGUAGAAGUGUUUAGUGCCUUCAACUUUAUGUUAUGGUAUGGUCAUGAGUAUGAAAAGUUUAAUCCACAAAAUCAAAUCUUAACUUUAGAAUGUGGUCAAAGAUCCAAGAUUCUUUUCUUUUUAUUCGAUUAGAUUUGCCUACCACAAACUGCUGUUUAAUUUACAGUUACCAAUUGCUUAGUAGAAGACUUUAUGGAUCUUAUUUUUCUGGUAACUACUAGUUUUGUCAUGAAACGUUCCUGCGUAUUUUACUGCCCAUUUGGUUACAUAAGCAAAAAUUUAUUGAUUCAUAAAUAAAUGUUUACCUCCAGAGUAUAGUGUUAAUGCCAUAUUUGCAUUAACCUGGAUUAUAAUGUAUUGCUUGAAAAAUUAGUGCACAGUGGAUUAUAAUAUACUGAUCGAAAAAAAAUUAAUGCAUAACUUCUCUGUGUUCUGGAUAUCAUUUCGAAAUUGAAUGCUUCAAGACUGGUUGUAGUCACUAUCUCAAAAUCUCAUAUAGGUAUCAAAAGUCUCAUAAUCUUAUGUAGAUAGGAAGGACAGUUUGCAUCUUCAACUCAGUUGGAGCAUGAUUGGAGCAUGGAUUUCAAAUUCCUAUAUCUGGUGUGCCUGUUUGUGUCUUCUCAAAGCUCACUAUGUUAAAGUGUGGGGGAGGAAACACCGCAGCAAAACAAUGCGCUGCCAUGCUACUUGCUCAAAUGAAACUAGAUGCCAGACUCUUUGAAAGGCCCUGCACAACAGUGCCAGUACCUUAAGAUGACCCAUUAUUUGCAGUUGUUUGUAGCUUGUAUCCAUGAAGAAGCAGAGGAAUGGGCAUCAUAUCAAAAUCAGUAUUGACAGUGGGUAAACAGCAGAUGCUUAGACAAGAAUAAGUGAAAAUGCUGCUGGAGUAUUGCUGUGCUUGCUUACCAUUCUGUCUUUUUGUGAUUUUGUGGUCUAGGAGCUCCUGAGUUAGAAAUCUUGUCUUUGAAUAUGGAGUUUGUCAUGGAUUUUCUUCCUGUAGUUUGCCCAGCCACAUGAACUUCACGAACUUUAGGCUUAGUUGUACGUUCUAUGAGAAAAUAACUUUUUUUUUUUUUCUUUUUAGCAGCCCUUUCUGUCUCAUAUUAUUGGAACAGCCAGAAAUUGUUCCAUAUUGUUCCAUAUUUACCUUCCCUCUGUCAGUUUUGAUCUUGUGGAAGUCCUCCCCUUGUUUUAUCUGCCUUCUUCUAUUUCAGUGCUCCUCAUACAAAAGCAUCUGUCCCAUGUAGACAAUUUCUGUAUCUCUGUAUUAGUAAAUGAAAACAAACCAGAAGUGCUCACAGAAUUGACUCAAUAUGUGUGACAGAAUUACUUUGUGAUUAAUUUUUCACUUCUGUUCUGCAUCUCUCUCCUCAUGGUCUGUAUAAUUCAGUUUUAUUUUCUUGUCAGCUCAGAGCCAAGAUGCUGUUACUUUUACAGGGAGCUCUGUUGUAGCCCAAAGUUCCUGUCCCAGUGUGCUGGUAGUCAGCUCUGGGUCUGUUGCUGUAUGUCUCAAUUUAAGACCCCUUAUCUGUGGAUGCUUUUAACCCUCACCUGACUUCCAGGAACUGGUGCAAAUCUGAUUUGUUCAGAAGGAAAUCAGAGCAGCUGCUAUGAGAGCAGGAUUUGGUCUUAGAAGGCAUUUUCUUUUCCUAAGGGUAGGCUAGUUAACAUCUGGUCUUUGCAUAUUUCUUCUUUCCCAUCUCUCUUAUUUCUUAAGCUUUAAGGAAAAGGGGUAUUUGAAAAUAGAAUAAUUGCUUCAGGAUAGGCCAGGUGAAGUAUUGAAAUAAAAGAGCAGUAAUAAACUUCAGAUUUUUUGUGAUAUUUUCCUUAAGUACAUGUUCAUUGAUUUAUUUUUUACCUUUCCAAUCGGCCGUGUACUCAAACAAGUCUCCAGCAACUGCAAGUCAUUGGAGCAUUUCACAGCUGCAGGAGCAUGCAGUAGGACUCAGAGUAUUGUGUUGGAGAAACUACCACACUUUGUCUAAGCUGCACCAGAAUUAAUUUGCUUUUGAGAAUCACUUCAGUGUUUGCUAGUGCUUCGAUUGCUAGGACUUGUGUUUGUUUUGCCCCCUGUGCUGGUAGGUCACUGCUGCCAUAUUCUGCUCUGUUUUGUCGGUAGGGUAUGGCCUGUUCUGCACGUUUGUUCCUACAGAAGGCUCUCCUGAAAGCUCAGGAAAAGUGCCCCACUGGUUUUAGCAGAACCCCCUUUGGGGAUUUGCCUGCAACGUGGGUGUUUGCUCUGCUCUGGUGCUCAGCUGGUGACCUUGCUAGUACCAUUUCUUAUAAAGCAUACUCUCUGAACUUGGAUCCUUUGGAAAAUAAUGAGGGAUGACAUUCAGUAUUAUACCUUUUUUUUUUCUCCAGUGUAAUAACUUUCUCAUCUAUGCUUGUUGAAUAGCAAGUAGAAUGAAUAAUUUCUUGCACAGCUUCCCCAUUUUGGUAACAUUAAAUUUCGGCCACUCCCUUCCAUCUUAAAUGCCAUCUCAGACUAGGGAGUAUAAACACCUAAUUUUAAACAUGACUCACUUUGAUGAUUGUACAAGUGUACUAGAUGCUUAUUUCUGAAAAUUGCUAUGACAUCCCUAAACCAAACCUAAGUAGGGAGUAACCUGGAUGGUUGAUUUAAAUCUUUUAAGUAUACAUCUAUACUUGUCCGUCAGGGCCAGUCUUUCUGUAAGCAGAGGACAAAUGAGGUGAGGAUUGUUGCUGCUUUGCACAAGAGAGAAAAAAUAAAAAGGUUGUCACUGGAAAAAAUCCUUGAUUUACUGCUAAUUGAAACAAAAUACAUCAAAGGAAUUGCCAUAAGUGUGUUAGAAGCAGCAAUCUCUUACUGGUGUGAGGACAGGUCAUACUGUAAGCUACUUUCAGGCUUUAACAGACAUUUAUUAUUAGGUUAUGGCUGAUAUACUUUCAAAGUAUUUCCUUCUCUCAUAAAGAUGCUACAAGAUGGAACCAUGUUGUGAAAAGUGUGUUGUUUGUCCAAGUUAAAGCUUAAAAUAUAGCUGUGUUCUUGAAAAGUUAUUUUUAGCUGUAUUAGCUUGUAAGUUCAAAAUCAGUACAUAUUUUUAUUCUACAGAUUGGCAUAUAUUCUAGAUAUGUACACACAUUUGUGGUUAAGAAACACAAAAGAAAUUAGUGGACAUCAUACCAGGAAAGCAUCUUUCUUUGGGCAGAAAUAUCCUUUCAGUAAGGAACACCAAGGGUUUGCAUGCUGUAUAGGAAAUGAGCUAGCCAUGACUAGCGUUUAUCUUGGUUUUGUUUAGCAGUGCAUUAUGUAAAGCAGGCUAGGAGAAGUGGAUGCUUUAAUAGCAAAGAAGGAAAAACAUAAUGUUUAAUUACUCUGAAGAGCCAGAACUUAACCUGCAAGACUUCUUUACAGUGAGGUGAGGAGCAUGGAAAUAAAUCUAUCCCUAGAGAUCAGCAAAGGAAUUUGUCUGAGAUUUCCUGAUCAUAGUUGAUUUGAUUCUUCAGUACUAGAUGCUAAUUUACUGGGCCUGGCUGGAUUAGACAGCAGUCAAUGAGAGUUGGAAUUUGUUUUUCAGUAUCCCCAAAGAAAUCUAUACUGUGGGUUUAACUUUCAUGGCUUUUUCAUGUAAUGUCACCUACAGUACUUGCCAUGGAUGUGAAUGUUGACAGAAACUUUUAAAUCUUUCAUUUCUAAAAUUUUGUCAUGUUAAAUGCUCAUGCACAGAAACCUGAAAGCAAAACUUCCCAGGGACUUUAAUGUCACAGAACAAAUGGAACAAAAUCCAUGUACUGAUAUUUCUAGUUUCUCAAGUACCUGACAGCCUCUUCCUGCCCCAAAACUUGGAAUUUUGUGUUUAUGACUACAGAAAGGAGAAUUUGUUUUUGUUAUGUGCAGGUAAAGUAAGCUCUUGGUGCAUUAUGUAACUUUUAAACUGGACGGGGAUUUUGCCAUGGAGAUAAUGAGAGACUUGGUAUCUGAUGUGCAAUUUUUUUGUUCUGUUUUGUUUAGUGGGAGACUUUGAUAAGAUCUGGCGUGAGCAUUGUGAGGAUGAGGAAACUCUGUGUGAAUAUGCUGUGGCAAUGAAAAACCUUGCAGAUAAUCACUGGGCAAAAACUUGUGAAGGGGAAGGCCGAAUUGAAUGGUGUUGCAGUGUAUGCCGAGAAUAUUUUCAGAAUGGUGGAAAAAGAAAAGCACUUGAGAAAGAUGAAAAAAGAGCACUUCUUGCUUCUAAAACCACUCCAGCAUUAAAUGUUCCUCAAACUCCCAAGAUUGAAGAUCCUUUGCCAAACUUAGGCUUGACAAAUCAUGAAGCUGUGACAGAAGAGUUCCUUCACUCCCUGGGAAAGAUCAGAUUACUUGAUGUUGGUAGCUGCUUUAAUCCAUUUCUGAAGUUUGAAGAAUUUCUGACAGUUGGCAUAGACAUUGUUCCAGCUGUUGAGAGCGUAUACAAAUGUGACUUCCUGAAUCUUCAAAUUCAGCAACCUCUUCAACUGGCACAAGAUGCUAUAGAUGCCUUUCUUAAGCAACUGAAAAAUCCCAUUGAUUCUCUACCUGGAGAACUGUUCCAUGUUGUCGUUUUCUCACUCCUUCUUUCUUACUUUCCAUCACCCUAUCAACGAUGGAUAUGCUGCAAGAAGGCACAUGAACUUCUGGUAUUAAAUGGCUUAUUGCUUGUAAUAACUCCUGAUUCAUCUCAUCAGAAUCGCCGGGCCAUGAUGAUGAAAAGCUGGAAAAUUGCCAUAGAGUCCUUGGGUUUUAAACGCUUCAAGUAUUCCAAGUUUUCUCACAUGCACCUGAUGGCAUUUAGGAAAACUUCCCUGCAAACAACAAGUGACUUAGUUAGCAGGAACUACCCAGGGAUGUUGUAUAUCCCACAGGAUUUCAACAGUAUAGAGGAUGAGGAGUACUCCAGCACUGCCUGCUACGUUCGGUCAGACACAGAGGAUGAACAGCUCGCUUACGGUUUUAUGGAGCUGCCUGAUGCUCCCUAUGACUCAGACUCUGGAGAAAGCCAGUCUAGUUCUAUCCCUUUCUAUGAGCUAGAAGAUCCGAUAUUGCUUCUGAGUUAAUGUAGUCGUUGAAAUGCCCUUUCAGUCAAACUUCUUGCUUAACUAAUUUUGCUAUACUAACGUGGGCUCAACACAGAAAAAAUGGUUUGCAUAAAGAAAAUGCAAAGGUUUACAGAGUUUGCUAUUUUUUUCUACUUUUGAAUUUUAAAAUUUAUUCUUGUAUGAAAGUGAAAAAAUACAAGUUUUAUGCAAAUGACUCAUGUCAUAGCAUAAAUUGCUGUUACUUUCUUUAGAUUUGUAUCACUAUUUUUUUUUUCCAGAAAGGUACCAUUCUUUUCUUUAGUGCUGUGAAGUGUGAAUUCUAUUUAAUUUGUUAAAUGUUGUUUCAGUAUUUUAACUCAAUGUGGUUGAGCUUAAGGCACUGGAGUUGGUGGGCUUCUGAGAAGUAUAUGUAGGAAGAAAUAAUUUGCACUUUAAUUAAAUGUGCAGAUAGGUUAAGACACUUGGUUGCAAAUGUCCUUUCUUAAUUAUGGAACAAAACUUUUUUUCUUCCAAAAUUUGUUUCACUCUGGUUAAGCCUGGGCUGGAGAAACAAUAAUGCUUGCACAUUUGACUUUAUGUUUAUUGCAGCCCUUGUGACGUGACACCAAAACACUGGAAUAUAUGCAUCCAUAGUUCUACAUACUGUGUAAUUUCAUUGCAUAAAUAGCAAUUUCUGAAGAGGCUUUUCCCCCAGAGGAGUAUGGUACGUCUAGACAAUUAUGUUUCACUUCAAAGCUGGAAUAUGUUUUGCAGUUUUAUGAGUAUACAAGCACUAAUGUGUAUCAGUAUUUGCCCAACUAUGGUGUUCUGUAUUCUUUUCCAACUGGGUUUUCUGGGGGACAGAAUGGGUUUUGUCUUUUUUUAAAAGUAAAUUAUUUAUGCAUUUUAAAAAGAAACAGCUUUUUCAUUAAUUGUCCUUAUUUGUAGACCUAAGUUAGCCAGGGACUACAAACUGAUUUUGUAAGAAGGAACAUAACUCUACAAGUUUUUCAAGGAUACACAUAUUUGCAUAAAGCCAUGUAAUUCAGACCACACACAAGAAUUUAACACCUGCUUUUUGUUUGCCUAUUAGGACCCAGCUGACUUCUGUUCAGUUAAAUAAAAACUCCAUAGCUGACUGAAAAUUGGUCUGCACUGUAAAGAAAUUAAACAUCCAUUUUUACUUCUAUUAAGUUUUUAACUUGUGUAGUGAACCUGUGAGUUUUUGCAGGAAAAAUGAAUUCUGUUCAGUGGUUAAAAAAAGAGGAUUCAUUAUUAGUCUAGCUUAGGUUUUCCUCCAUUUAAAAAUAAUGGCCAGAAUUUUCAGAUUUGGAUGUUAGGCUCUUAAAUCUAUAUGUAAGUGCCUAGUAGUAAAUGAUUAUAACUAGGUGCCAGAUCAUGAUUUAUUUCGGACUUCUGAAAAUUGGUAAAAAAAUACUAAUACAGUUUCUCAGGCUAUUGUCUUCUUACAAGAUGAAAUAUCUUCCAUUAAACUGCCACCUUGUAUUCAUAAUAUGAAAGUUGCUAGAUAAAUUGAAGUUGUAGUGUGGGUUUUACAGUGCUUGCUACAAAAAUGAAACUUACUCCUUCCAUUGAAGUAUUGCACUGAAUGUGUCACAGUUUGGCCUACCUGUUUUUCUUUUAUAGUAUUUCCUACAUAGAGUAAUCACAUUGGUCCAGCUUACACUCCAUUGUGAUCUGGACUGUGGUGCUGUAUUCUUUAACAUAAGCUUUUUGUCUCUUCUUAACUUUAAAGCAUUCCCAAAUUCCUAAUUCAAAUUUAUUACUCAAUCUGAAUGAUAGGGUUAUACAAACCAAACAAUUAUACUGUGAUGUGUAAAAAGAAAAAAAGAAUUAAGGUUAGACAUACAGGAAUCAUGGUUCACUUGCUAUUUUUUGUUACAGAGAAUACUUCUCUAAUGAAGUACACAAUGCCUUCAAAAUUGGCUUUUAGUCAGUAUUUUCAUUCAAAUCUUUGUCAUUGAAAGCCUUUCUUCCCAAUUAACCACUGGUUCCAGCAGUGCUCAUGUUAAAAUAUUGCUGCUGUAAAUUCAGCUCUUUAUGGGAGGUUAAUAAGUGCAUUCUUCAAAGUAUGCAUAAUAUUUUAACUGAUACUCUAUUAGAAACAGUACACCAUCAAACAUAUGUUGGCAUUGAUUACUGUAAAUUGGUUUGUGAUUCGUACACCAAGAAGUGCAAUUCAGAUCAAGAUUUACCCUCCAAAAUAGCUUAAAUACUAAGGUUUAACGUUUAAUCCUUUUUGGGAGGUUGGUGACAACACUGUGGUUUAGGGACCUGAGAUUCAUAACAGCUUGGUUUUCUUGCUGAUCAUUCUGAAUGCCCAAAGUGGGUUUAUUGGUUAUUUGGUUUUGUGGGGUUUUUUUUUUUUCUUUUUUGGUUUGGUUUGAAUUGUUUUUUUCACAAGGGACAGUAGAUGGUGGUGAAGGAGGAAAGUGUGAUUUACAUAAAUACCUACAUUUCCCUUAAUAAUAAAGUGGUGAUAUCAGGAGUUGUUGUAUAUUUGGCUUUGGUGCAAGAAUAUUAUUUCUAGGUUAUGAAAUAUUUGAAAAUUAUGACUGUGCAAGGUGCUGGAGAAGAAAAGGAAGAAAACGUGUGUUGGCAUCUCUGUUGUCUUUUAUGUCACUACUUUUGUGAACAAAGCACAUUUAUUAAAAAAAAUUUGAAAAACCGAAAACAUUUUUUUAAAUUC